GCGCAUGCGCAGUGCACGCAUUUUCCAAGUGAAACUGAAAUGUAGUGCGUCUGGGGUAUUUCGGGAAGUCCAUAUGUGUUCAGUGUUCUUUUGGUGACACCGAAACCGUACAAGCAGUCUGAUUAUUAAUCGAGCGAAGAAAACAUGUCUAAUGUUUCGACAAUCUACAAGAUCUCUGUAAUCGCCUUUGUAUUGUUCGUCGGUGCCUCUAGUUUAGAAUGUUCGGUGUUGGAGUGCUGGUUUGUGCAGGAGAAGCCAGGCCGUGGAGGGGGCUUCUCUGCUGCAAUGAGCCAAGAGAAAUCCGUGAUCUAUAUCAGAACAGACCCAGAUAGUGAGAAGACCCAACAGAAACCUCCAUCAGAUAUCGAUCCCUCCAGAAUUUACCAUGUCAUUGAUGCUGCUGCCACUUUCUGCAGCUCUGCCCUCCAGCCACCUGAAGGCUCUCUAACCAGACCUCAAUGUGAGAUAAACCCAUUCACUCCUCAAGCGUCUAUGGUUAAAUGGGCUGCAGCACUCACUGAGACAGCCAAGAGCCCCACCUACCUGGAUGCUGAUUGGUUUUCUGUAGCAGCACAGGGCCUUGAUGGACAGCUAACACUGUCCAAUGUGAUGCGAGCUUCAUCUGCUUCUAGGGAACCAAGUGUAAUCCUUAGUGUCUCCAGUAAAACUGCCUCAAUCCGCGCUAGACUUGGGCAGCCAGUUCUUUUAGACUGUGGGUUCUGGGUAGACCCAUCCUCCCCACUUUACGGUUCUGGCUUUGCUGUGGAAUGGCGCUACCAGUUCCGUGGUGAAGGGAGGCUGAUUAUAGCCUAUGAUGGCAAGAGUGAUCGCUUUGCUGAGACAUUGGAGACAGGUGCUGAUUUGGACAUCACCGCUCUUUAUAAGUCAGGAAACGCAUCACUGGUACUGGAAGAGGCUCAAGUAAGGCAUUCUGGGACCUAUAUCUGCACCAUUUAUCUACCACACCUUCUGGCUCAGGUGGCCAUGGAACUGGAGAUAGUUGAGCCUCCAUCUCUUGCCAUCUAUCCGUCCCCUCUUCCCCUCUCUGCACCUGAGCAAGUGGUGUCAGUUCAGUGUGAGGCUUCAGGUUUUGCGCCUCUUUCUCUGGACCUGGCCUGGGAAUUCACGGGAGCUGAUGGUAAAAGGCGAUCCCUUGGGCAAGGCAGCGUGACAGGUCACAGGCAGGCCGCUGAUGGUACCUACAGCCAAAGCACUCGUCUAGAGCUGGAGUCCACCAAGCUGGGGCUUGGCCGUGGUGGUGAAGUCACCUGCGUGGCCUAUCACCAGGGAGGAUCUAGACGGGCUAGUGUGACACUGAACAUCAUUGGUGUCAGUGCUCCUUCCAUAGAGGACUCCAUGGCAAUGGUUGCUGUGGCACUUGUGCUUUAUGGUGUAAUAAAGGUUUUUUUCUGGACUUUCAAAUCUACAGAUGGCAACAAACCAGACCCAAAUGAUAAGAAGGACAAGUAAUCUUGAUGCUCAAAAUUCCUGGAAGUCCUGAUCUGCAGAUACUGAAAGAAGCUACACCUUACUCAAAAUUUUUGUCACAUUCUAUAUUUUUCCCUAAAUGCUGUAAUAACCCCCUGUUCUGUCUUAGAUCUACAGUGCCUGAAGCUUCUUUGAAAUCACUAUUAAAACACAAUUUUGCAAUAUUGCCUUUUGUAGGAUUUACAGUUGUAAGCGGUAGGUUUAUGUCUGUUAUUAUUGCCUUUUUUAUUUAUCUGUUUGUAGUUAUUUUAUUCAUUUUGGUUUUUUCAGUACUUAUUCCUUAUUGUUCUGUUUUUAUGUCUUAAUUGGGGUUUUGUUUCAUUAACCGCUGCUGUUUUAAGUAUGUUUUCUUGCAUUGUAUUUGCUUCAGUUGCUAUCCUGUUUAUUGUUUGGUGUUUCUUUAUGACAUUUAACUACUUAUACUUUUGAAUUCUGUUUUCCCACUGCUUCAAUUUUAAUUUGCUUAGAUUUUUUAUGAUUCAGCGUUGUAAAGUACAUUGAGCUGUUCCAGUUCUAAGUGCUAUGUAAAUAAUGUUUUUAUUCUAGGAUUAUUUACUAGCUUUUCUUUCAUCUGCUCAGUCAGUGUAAGUAAUACCCUCAAAAUGAUUGCACACAUUCUAAUUUGACUUGUAUUUACCUGUUCAAUUUCAAAGUACAUGUCUGAUUUGAAAUGUAUGUGGAUGUGUUCUAUUCUUAACAAGAAGCAAAUCUGGUUGUAAUGCACAAAUUCAAAAUAAAAAUCUAUGUAAAUA